GGCUAGAAAUGACAAUGUUGACUGCAAAUAUUUGAUGUCGCAUGAUCACGGGAACGCGCUAGUCACGAGAAAUGAUAGCUGAACAGUCACAGUCAAAGCUGUAGGACUGCGCGCGGCGCGCUCCUGUCAUCAGUGUUCACACGCAUUCGAUAGGGGCUAGAUUCACUAGCAGGGCCCGGAUCAUUUUUUCACCGAGUCGAUAGGCGUUUGUUUAGCAAGGCGGACUUCCCACCGGCGGAGAUUAAAAACGUGAGAGCAUAUGAGUAUAGACGGGAAACAGAACGAACAGGAUGGUUCGGGAAACCAGACACCUUUGGGUGGGAAAUUUACCCGAACAUGUUCGAGAGGAGAAAAUUGUUGAGCAUUUUAAACGCUAUGGCCGUGUGGAGAGUGUUAAGGUCCUGCGGAAACGUGGCUCAGAGGGUGGGGUGGCGGCCUUUGUGGAUUUUGUGGACAUCAAAAGUGCACAGAAGGCUCACAAUGCCGUCAACAAGAUGGGUGACCGGGACCUACGCACUGAUUACAACGAGCCCGGUUCAGUGCCCAGUGCCGUGCGAGGGCUGGAGGACAACCCUCCCUCUAGCAGUCACGCCAGGGAAGUUUCGGGGUUCUCACGGGCUGCUGUUGGUCCUGUUUAUGGCCCCCCCGUGUCCCUCCACGGCAGAGAGGGACGCUAUGAACGCAGAAUAGACGGCAGCUCUGACAGUCGAGAGCGUACCUACGACCAUAGUCCCUACAGUCACCAUGAGCGUGGGGCAGCCUUUGACCGGCCGCGCCACUACAACACAGACUAUUACCGUGACCGUGCCAUGUUUAGUUCGGCUGUGGGCUCUAGCACUGCAGCUAGUGCUAUGGCCAGUGGGUUUGAUGCCCCUGAGCCUCACUUUGAGUCACGCAUGCGUGACCCCUUUGCACUGUCCAGCGCCACGCGCCGUGACCCUUACCGUGAUGACCGGGGGCGGCGAGUAGACCGGACGUAUCACCACCACCGUCGCAGCCGGUCUUCACACUCCUCACAGUCACGCCACCCCUCGCCACAGCGGACCACUGGCCAGACUUCCAAAAAUCCCCACUCCCCCAAACGAGCCCCUGUCUCCCCUAGCAGAGGGCCGCGCUCACAGUCGCGCUCCCGAUCAUCCAGCUCGGACUCUGUCAGCAGUACCAGCAGCACGGGUAGUGGCAGCAGUGACUCCAACAGCAGCUCCAGUGGGGGGUCACGAGCACGCUCAGUGCAAUCAGCCGCUACACAUGCACCCCCUGCCCCUCCCCCCCUGUCCAUAGACGGUGACGAGCCUCGCAGGAGUUUUGGUAUUAGGGUUCAGAACCUACCUGUGCGUUCUACAGACACAAGUUUGAAAGACGGACUCUUCCACGAGUUUAAGAAGUACGGGAAGGUGACAUCUGUUCAGAUCCACGGGGCGUCAGAGGAACGGUACGGACUAGUUUUCUUUAGGCAACAGGAGGACCAGGAAAAAGCACUCAGUGUCUCCAAAGGAAAACUCUUCUUUGGCAUGAUGAUCGAGGUCACUGCCUGGAACGGCCCAGAGACAGAAAGUGAGAAUGAAUUCCGCCCACUGGAUGGAAGAAUAGAUGAAUUUCAUCCAAAGGCAACUCGCACUCUCUUUAUUGGAAAUUUGGAAAAGACCACCAACUACCAGCAGCUAUUGGAUGUGUUUCAGCGCUUUGGAGAGAUAGUGGACAUUGACAUCAAAAGGGUUAAUGGCGUUCCUCAGUACGCCUUUGUGCAGUACUCUGAUAUUGCCAGUGUCUGUAAGGCUAUAAAGAAGAUGGAUGGAGAAUACCUAGGAGCCAACCGGUUAAAGCUUGGCUUUGGGAAGAGUAUGCCCACAACAUGUGUCUGGCUGGAUGGUUUGUCCUCCAACAUCACAGAGCAGUACCUCACCAGACAUUUCUGUCGCUAUGGGCAUGUGGUCAAGGUAGUGUUUGACCGAUUGAAAGGGAUGGCUCUCAUCUUGUACAACAAUACCGACUUUGCCCAAGCAGCGGUUCGAGAGACCAAAGGUUGGAAGAUUGGUGGCAACAAAAUUAAAGUUGAUUUUGCCAGUCAAGAGAGUCAGAUGGCCUUCUAUCGCUCCAUGCAAGCCUCUGGGCAAGACAUAAGGGACUUCUAUGAAAUCCCAACAGAGAGGAGAGAAGAACGGAGGCCUCCUUAUCAUGAAUUCCCAGCAGAGCGGGCAUACUACGAAAAUGUGCGAACUCCAGGUCUUUACACUGAUGAUCCUCGACGUGAUUACCCUGGCAGGAGCCGGGAUCGUUACUCUGAACUAGACCACUAUCCAAGUGAACACUAUGACCCUCGCUAUCAUGAAGAUCCCAGGGAGUACAGAGAUUACCGUGACCCAUUUGAGCAGGAUAUGCGCAAGUACACCUACAUUCAGCGGGAAAGAGAGAGAGAGCGUGAGCGUUUUGAGGCUGACCGUGGUAGAUGGAGCCCCUCUCAUCAGAGACGUCCGGUUACCCCUAGUGCUUCACCGUCUCCUUCUGAGCGCGUCCCAAGAGAGACUGAACGACGGGUUUAUCGGCAUUCUUCAGAGCGAAGUGGCAGCUGUAGCUCGCUGUCCCCUCCACCAGCACAGUUUGAAAAGCCUGAAAAGUCACCAGUGGAUUAUAAAACUGAAGGUCUGGAAAGAGAAAUGGAUUCAGUGGAGAUGGAACGUGUUGCAGGUGCGGAAAGAAGCAGGCGAGGUAGACGCAAGGACAAGGGAGAUAAGGAGAAAGGGGAGAGAGGCAAGUCAAGAAGAGGCAAAAUGCCGUCUCCUGUUUCACAUUCAGAAACUGACAAAGAGGCUUCUUUGGAUGCUAACUCAAAUAAAGGAAAAGCCUCAGACACGGAUGGUCCUGAGAAAUCACGAUACAAGGGUGAAAACGAGCCUUCACCUUCUGAACAAAUGUCCCGUCUAGAGCCCCAGAAAGGGGAGAGACUUGAUGCAGGAAAGGGAGAUGUAUCAGAUCGGGAUGGAAAAGGCAGACUGAAAAAACAUCUAAAAUCUGAUCUUGGAAGUGAAGGGAAAGAUUUGAUUCUGGAGUCAGACCGUUUAGCAGCUCGUAAAAGGCGAUUUGGUGAUCCUAGUGGGAAAACCAUCCGACAGAAGAGAAGUAGAAUGGAGGAUGAGGGCAUCCAGUCUCCAGAGUUUGGAUCAAAUUCAACUCUUGCAAAAGAGACAGAAGAUAUAAAGGCACUUGAAAAAGAGACACAGAAGAGAGAACAUUUAAAGCCCAAGGUGGAGAGGGGGACUUGUCAUUACAGUCUUAAAGAAGAUCAAGAUUCCUCUUCUAUGUCUAGUAUGAGAGGGCAAGGUUUGUGUUCAGUGGUACGGCAAGGUGAACCAUCAGAUCUUGAUGAUCAUGACUCUGGGAAGAACCUGUCUGGUCCUAGUGUGUCUAGAAGGUUCUCACAUGAUGAGACUCUUGAUCAGGAAAACAAAAGCACUGAAGAAUAUAUCUCUCUUGACAUAGAUCUUUCCCAGAGCUAUCGUAAACAAAUGGAACAAAACCGCAGACUACGGCAACAGCAGCAGGAGCCUGAUAAACUUGGAAAGCCAGGUAGUCCUCAGAGUUUGGAUGCCGAAGACUUAGAACAUCGCAGUUUAGUGCAUGAGGUAGGGAAACCACCUCAGGAUGUAACAGACAAUUCACCAUCGUCUAGAAACAAGAAGCAAGACACUUUUGAGUUGGAUAUGAGCUCGAAGAGAGAGCGUGUAUACAGGAGCUUCCGGCCAAAAAGUGAAGAAUCAGAAUGGAAUAAUACAAAUUCUCCAAAACCACAACAAUCCUCCCAAAACACAGAAGAAGAAAUUAUAGAUAUGCCCCAUCUCAUGACUGUCAAAGAUGUUAAGGAGGUCCCAAAAUCUGAAGAAACUGUUCACCCAGACCUAGAACUAUCUGUCAAAAGAGUACACACCACACAGAUGGCUAAAAUUAGCACUCAUUUACAUGGUAGUGUAGAUGAUGCUCAUAAACGCUGGGAGAAUAGGCUGAAGCAAGAUUUAUUACCUGAUCUAAGUUUCUCUGGAAGAAAACGGCUUGGUCACAAGCAUUUGGAAUAUGGCCUCUGGCAUGAUUUGGAGCCUGGGGAGGUAAGGUCAGAUUCUGAAGAGGAUCGAGAACACAAAUCGAACUCCCCAAUGCCAUCUACAUCUCUCUCUCUUCCUGAGAGGCAGAGAGGGGACAGGUUGUCCGAGUCAAAGUUGUCCACCUCUCUGGAAAGAAAUAAGUUCUAUUCCUUUGCACUGGACCAGACUAUCACACCUGACACUAAAGCUCUGCUUGAGAGGGCGAAGUCUCUGUCAUCUUCUAGAGAAGACAACUGGUCUUUCUUAGAUUAUGACUCCCACUUUGCUAGUUUUCGCAGUCGGAAAGAUACAGAGAAGGUUGAGGCAACACCACGGCCAACACCCUCAUGGUACAUGAAGAAAAAGAAAAUUAGAAGUGAAUCUGAAGAUAAACUUGAUGACAGGAAGGAGGAUCCAAAGCCAGAGGAGCAGGAGCGAAGGGAACUUUUUGCCUCUCGUUUUCUUCAUAGUUCUAUUUUUGAACAAGAUUCAAGACGCCUUCAACACCUUGAACGAAAGCACGAGGACUCUGAACAAAGUAUUGGAUACCAAUCCACUCAGCAAGGUGCAGUAGAGGGACAAGCUGACUCGGAACCAGUUGUGCUGUUUCAUAGUAGAUUCUUGGAGCUGACACGGUUGCAACAUAAAAAUGUUAAAGAACUCAAAGAACCUCAGCAGGAAAUAAAGAGGGAAGAAAUUGUAGAUGGCAGCAGAAUGGAUAAGCCACAAGAAGAGUCACAAGACCAGUCUCAGCCAGGUUUUCAGCCUGCCAUUGAACCGGCUUUAGAUUCUGAAACUAAACCAGUUAGCCCUAUUCAGCCUCUCCCAUUGGCACAAAUGGCCCAGUCAGCUAAAGAGAUGUCGCCACCAUUGGAGAAAAACAUUUUGCAAAGUAAUUCACCCAAGUCUUCUGAGCUUUCUGUGAAAGAAGAAAAUGAAUGUGAAAAGACUCCUGUGCCUCCACAACAGCAAGUACAAGAGGAAGAGCAACCCUCCAUCAGCCCUGUAUUACCUGAACCUCAGUUGACGGAGUUAAAAGAACCAAUGAACUAUGAACAAACUGAUCCAUCAAUCAAAAGUGAAAAAGACAUCAGUGAGGAGCAAAUAUCUAGUAUUGAAUCCAAGCCUAGUGAAGCAACAGAGACCAAUGUUGAGUUAGAACUCAAGCCUGAACCUGAGGUUUUUAAUCUUCCCAGGUCUGCCUCCCCAACCCCUGUUGAAGACACUGAGACCUUGAAAACUGAAUCUUGUCCCAUUGAUGAUGAACCACAAGUCAAACAGGAGGUUGACCAUACUUCUGUUGAUACUUUGUCUGUGGAGGAGCCAGUCUCGCCACCACAAAAAUCUAAAAAUAAGAAGACCAAGGCAUCCCCAACAAUGCCUGUAGCUCCUUUGGCAUCCCCAAGUAGUGCUGAUAAACAAGCCACUCGUAAGAGUGAGAGGAUUGAUCGAGAGAAGUUGAAACGUGCCUCUUCCCCACGAGGAGAGAAGACAGCUCCUGACUCCAAGGUGUCAGGUAAAUCUCCUGUACAGGGCCCUGAGAUGGAGCAGGUUACUGAACAAAGGCGAAGGCGAAGAAAUGUAAAGUCUGUGUAUGCCACUCCAGUUGAAGAUGAGUCUACCACACAGCCUAGUAAAGAAGUAGAGCCGCCACGUGCAACUAGGAAACGAGGAGGAGACAAGGAAGUGGCACCGUCACAGCAGUCAGAGCAGGACAUACUUGCUGUACCAAUAACCUCAAGACGAGGGCGCCCUCCUAAGAAUCGGUCCAAGGGAGAGGAUGCAUCAGCUCUUAAGUCAAAAAUUGCAGAGACGAAAGAGAUUGAGGGCAUAGAAUUAGGAAACAGUGAAAAUGUCUUGAAAACUUCAAAAGGUAAACAUUCUCCUCACUCACAGAAACAACAAACAAGUCAAGCACCUGCAUCUAGCACUUCUAGCAAGAAAGGGGACAAACCUUCUGACACCAGCCAGCAGGCUGAUCUUUCUGAGGAUAUUAAUGUGCCAGAUUCAGCUCCCCAAAGUGAUUUUGUUUCCCCAGGAGAAGGAGAGAAAACCACAGAGAAUCCAAAACCGAGCAUAGAAGAAGGGCAACAAAAAGAUAAUGUUGUUACAGAUAGGGCUACUGGGAACAAAAUUGACAAAUCUACUGAGCCCCCAGUUGUGGAGGAAUCUCCCCAAGCUGAAAAGAGUGGGGGGAGGUCAAAAGCAGCAAGAUUAAUUCGGAAUACAAAAUUGCCAACUGAAGACAAGUCCCUUGUUCUCAAGAAUCUACGAAUCAGGCUAGACAUGACUGAAGUUAAAGCAAUGCUUCAGUCUGGUGAAGAAGACAUCGAGAUGGAGGAAUUGAACAAAAAAACAGAACUUUUGCCCAAAGAUGAAGUUAUGGAAAGCUCUCAAGAAAAUGAAGUUACACAAAGUGAUAAUGAUGAGGCACCAUCAGACUCCAUAAUCACCAACCCUGCUGAAUCUCUCUUAUCUCGUGAGAUUGAACUUGAGCAAGCUGUAGAAAACAUUGCUAAACUUACUGAAGGUCCCAGCCCCCAGCCAUUCAAAAGCCCCACAACAGAGGCACCUAUUCCAGUGGUCCCACUUCCUGUUGAACCAGAGCCUCCAACAGUGGUUGAGAAACCUGCUAAUCCUGCUAGUGAAUACGAGCUUGCUGCUGCUAUUGAUUCCAUUACAUCUGAAGACCUUUCCUGCACAUUGCCACAAGAGCCAGCCAUCAACACUGUGAUGGAGUCAGAACCAGCAAUCCAGCCAUUUGUAACUGAUUCUAAGGCUAUGGAACCUAGUUUAGGCAGUGCUCCUAUUCAGGAGGAGACCGGUCCAACAGGAACUCCUAGGAAAGGAGCUAAAGGCAGAGCUAAAACAACAAAGAGGUCAAAAACCCAGAAGCCUGCUGCCAGCAGAAAAGAAUUAGUUAAAGACAGUGUAGCAGAACCUGACAGCUCACAAAUGAAUGUGCCAGAUCCAGUUAUAGACACUAAUGCAGUUACAGAGAAUCCAUCUGCAACAUCGAUAGUUAUUACCUCCCCUUCAAAAUUGAAUGCAUCAUUAAAUGUGUCUCAUCAAACAGACAGUGUUUCUGAAGAACCACUCAAUGAUGAACCUACACAUGGAAGAUCUGCAGGCCUUGUGAAUAAAAGUCCAAAUAUUCUUAAACCGCCACAGCCCUAUGAGUGUACCCCUCUCUCUCCAACAUCGUUAUGUCUCAAACCCUCACACAGCAGCAAACUUCCCCUUCCUCCAACAGACCGAUUUAAUCAGUCCAGGGACACCCCAAUGGUACCAGUAGCUCAAGGAGAAAAUCCAACGGUCUCAUCUGGACUUGAAACCCAUGACCCUGACUCAAGUAACAGUGACUUGCGUAAAAUUCUAAUGAAGCCUAAAAAUAUCCCCCUCUCAGCCACCAACACUGCACCAGGAAACAUGCCUACCCACCCACCAAGAGAGAGUGAAUCUCCAUCUGAGAUGGUAGCCAAUAAAAUCCCUCUACCAGAAAGUCGGCAUUCAUAUUUGCCUGCUCAACCUGUUGUCCGGUCCCCAGGCUCCCUCCCAUCUACAGAGACUAAACAACUCUUUGGAGAGAAAACUGUGAUUUCUGUCAUUGCUUCCACUGCCACCUCAGUCAUAAGUCGUAUCUGUAACACUCCUGAAUCUGAGGAAAAGGCAAAUAUCCCAAGGAAUAAUCCAUAUGGGGAAAAACAACUUCCCAAGCAAAUGUUUCAAACAAGUAUGGAGGAGAGUAGCACUUACCAUGGAGCAACUGUGGGAGAUGAAGGUGGAAAUGCAGGACGUUUUGUGGUUGAAAGUGCAACUCUUAGUACAGGGCCCAGUCCUGGUUUGAGGGUAAACACUUCAGAGGGUGUGGUAGUGCUUAGUCACUCUGGUCAAAAAAUGGAAGGACCACAGAGGAUAAGUGCAAAAAUUAGCCAGAUUCCUCCAGCUAGUCCUGCAGACAUGGAAUCUCAACAGCUGGUUUCUAUGCCUCAGAUGAAACCAGAUCAUUAUGCCCAGACUCCUAGUGCCAAGUGUCCUCUUGUUCCCUCAGAUCAUGGACAUUCCCACAAGACCCAAUCAGGUGUCUCCACCAAACAAGAAAAUUCUUUGGACAAGAUGGAAACAUAUCAAGCAGGUGGUCAAAGUGGAGUUGUAAAAAGGUUGCAGCAAUCUGGUGGCAAUCAACAGGUUAUGAACUACCAUCACUCAGACUUUCCUAUGCUCAUGAAACAUCCAAAGAAAGCAGAAGGAGCAGAACCUCUCAGUGAUGGUGCUAAACCUCCCUGGGCAUCUGCUAUAAGUCCAGCCAUAAGCCCUCAUCUCCCGUCGUCAGCUGGCAAUCCUGUUGGGUUCUUACCCAACACCCCUACAGAUAGAGGUCCAUCUCACCUUAGUGGGAUUAAAGAGCCUCGUUCUCCUCGGAAAUCUGGCCACCCUCAUUCUCCUUUUACCAAAGUGUCUCCCAUUGGCUCUUCCUCUCCAAAAGCCAUUCCUGUGGUCCUGCCCUCUGGCUUACCGCCCAUGUCGCAAUAUGUCCCAAACGUCCAUCACCCAGAACAGUCAGUCAUCAUGCCUCCACACAGCAGUCAUGGAAGCAUAGGGAGAAUGUCACCACACCGUGUUGGCCAGACCAUUCCAAUUGGACACUUGUCUCAAGGAGAUGUUAGAGUUAACACUCCUCCAUUGGCUAUGAUGAAUUAUGGAAUGCAUUCUGAUCCAUUGUCAUCACCAUGGUCAGGGCCUCCUCAACAGUGCCCAACAUCUCCUCAAGCAGGAGGAGGCAGAGAUAUGGUUCUGAAGGUCAAUCCUGGCAAUACAAGGUCACAUGAGGCAAAUGAAGAAGAUACAAGACGAUACCAGGCCUUGGGAAGACCAGCAGCCACUUCCCUUAAGCCAGAAACCUUGCCACAAGAAUAUCGUGGAACUCUACAUGGUGGCUUGUCACUGGACCGUUACAACAUUGCAGGGAGGGAUAUGCGUGUGCUCAUGCACCAUCAGCAGGGGGAGCGCCCUGCCACAGAGUUGCACCAAGGUCCUGAGCCUGUCCCAUCUUCGUCCAGCGCCACCAGCAUAACUGCUUCCUUGUCACCAAGAGCUCACCUACUGUCCAAAAAUGUUCCUGAGAAGGACACCUUGAAAUCAUCAGAGGUUAACAGGCCACUUUCACCUGUUACGAAAGAGGGAAUUAUUGGCAUCCGUGGAGCUAUGCCUGCCAUUGCCUCGCCUCAACGGAUUCAGUUGCUGUCAUCAGGAACGAGCCCAGCAUUCUCAGAAUACCCAGCUGUGUAUACCAAUAUUAGAAGUGUCCCUUCACAGUUUGCAGAGAAUUCUCCUUUAAACAUCAGCCAAGCUCCACACAUUGCAUCUACACAGGCUCCUCAAGAUCCAGACCGCAGCCAAACACUAAACGAGGGUAAAGGGGAACAGAUGGAACACCAGUCUGUGAACAUGGUGCAACUUUUAACGAAAUAUCCCAUUAUUUGGCAAGGCUUGUUAGCUCUGAAGAAUGACACUGCUGCGGUCCAGUUACAUUUUGUGUAUGGAAACAAGGCCCUGGCUGUGCGCUCUUUACCCUUGCAAGAAGGAGGGGCUCUCUUGCGCAUCGUCCAGAGAAUGAGAUUAGAGGCAUCACAGCUGGAUAGUGUGGCUCGAAGGAUGACUGGAGAUAGUGAGUUCUGCCUGUUGCUGGCGAUGCCUUGUGGGCGUGACCAAGAUGAUGUCCGUAGUCAAACCCAGUUCCUCCGAACAGCUUUCAUAAACUACCUGCAGGCCAAGCUGGCAGCAGGAAUCAUCAACAUCCCAAACCCAGGCUCCAAUCAGCCGGCCUAUGUGCUUCAGAUCUUUCCGCCAUGCGAGUUCUCUGAGAGCCAUUUGUCACGGCUUGCGCCAGACCUCCUGAGUAGGAUCUCCAGUAUCUGUCCACAGCACCUCAUGAUCGUCAUCACUUCUGUGUGACAUGUUGGAUUAUCUUGCACAGUCGCCUUCGCUGCCUUUCCCUACCCCUACACCUUCAUGGACACACUUUUCAUCAAGAUAAUGGCACGUUUUUGGAGCUGGGAGUCCCUGAGAAUUUAAGUCCGUCUCGGUGGAACAUUAUCUUUUUCUAUCAUUCGUAAUUUUUUUUUUCUCAUUUUUUCCCUAAUCCAGUCUCUCCUGCCUGGUGUUUGUGUUUCUCUGAGGAGCUCAGGGAAAGGCCAACACGGAGCCCUGCUCCAGACGAUGUACAGUCUUAUCUGAUCAUUUCUCUGCUGUAUUUGUAUUUAUUGGUGGUGUUAUUUUAUUGUUCCUUUUUUCUACAAAAUACAUGGAAAAAAAUCAGGAUGUUUGAAGAACAAAGAAAUGACCAUCAAAGUGGAUUUACUUCUUUUGUUUCUUCCUUCUACAGAGAUUUUGGCUUCAAUAAAACACAAACGGAAUAUUAAUAUCCAUGUACAAUACAUUUUGGGUUUUCAGUAUAGCAAUUAUGUACAAAUGACUGGGUGAAAAUUCCUUUGAGGGAAUUAACCACAGAUUUUUUUUUUUUUUUUUUUUUUUUUUAAAAGACCAUCACCUACACUGCUCCAGACUCCACUCUGCUACUAAGCCAGGUUUACUUUUCGCCUCACGCCGCAUCAGAUGAGCAGCAGUAGGAUUUUGGAGUUUGGAUGGCUGGACUGUAAAUAUUUUAAAUAUUUAAACUUUUAAACAAAAUGGUUGGAGCCCCAGAGAUGCCCUCCUAAUGUCAUACCGCAGACUGAACUGGACGAGGAGACAAAACAGAGACAAACAUUUAACAUGAGAUGUUAUUGUUUGUGAUGUAAAUACUAGCUAGGAUGUAGGCUGGCAGCUCUUGGAUGGGUUGUUCUGGGCACUUCACAUUUUGUUACUCAAAUAAUAAUAAAAAACAUUGACAAUUUGUGA